CUUAUUAUCCAUGUUUACUUCUUUUAACUCAAUAACACUUUACUUCAUUGCUCUAUAAAUGCAUCACCUCUUCUGAACUUUUCUCACUGCUUCCUCUUUAAACGGUUUUGCCUUUUCGUUUCUUUUCAUGGCUAUGGUUUCUAUCUGCGUUUACUUUCUCUUUCUUUUUCUUUUUAAAUCCUCUUAGUCAGGACAACUCUCACUGUAGUCAUUAUACUCUAUACUUUUACAUUCUGCUUUCCAAAAUCAACACUACCAUUGAAGAAUAUCGCAACAAAUACAUUAAUUUUGAAACCAUAGAAGCCGUUUUUCUGAUUGUCUUAAUCCUUAUAAAAAUGUGGAAAGUUGUGAAUCCUAGUUUCUACGAUUUCACAGAUCACCCAUUUGGGGGCUUAUCUCUAAACCCUAGGCAAUACCAAGAUGCCCUCGACGAAGCGAUCUACGGCUCCGAUGAGUUCCGCAUGUAUGCGUACAAGAUCAAACGGUGCAUAAGAACCCGCAGUCACGACUGGACCGACUGUCCCUACGCCCACGAAGGCGAGAAAGCUCAGCGCCGGGACCCACGCAAGGUGCCCUACUGUGCUAUCGCUUGCCCCACGUUUCGAAACGGAAAGUGCCCGAGAGGCGACACGUGUGAGUUCGCUCACGGCGUUUUCGAAUACUGGCUCCACCCGGCUCGAUACCGUACACGUGCAUGCAAUGCGGGGCGGUUUUGUCAACGGAAGGUCUGUUUCUUUGCGCACACCCGUAAUCAACUCCGCCCCGAGGCCAAACACAAGCGCCAUUUUGCUUUCAAGGAAAAAAUCAAUGGUAGAGAUCGUUUCAUGGGAUUUGGUCGAGGAAAGCAUACCACCUCAGCUUCUAUCGUUGAGUCGUCAGGUUCUCCGUCGACGGCGAAGACUGGGGACAAAUACUGUUUUGAAGAGAUUUCGGAAAUUUUGAAGAGUUUGAGGGGAUUAAAGAUUAGUGAGGAAGAAGGGAAGAGUACUAGUCGAGGAGUUGGAAUUGAAGUUUCGGAUUUUCCGAAUAUUGAAUGGAUUUCAGACUUGGUGCGGUAAAAUUCAAGUGUAUAAUUAUGUUUUGGGAUAAGAUUAUUACACAUAUACGCUUCAAUUUGGUGCCGUUUAAAGUGUAAAGAUUUAUUGUUAAAGAUGAGUACUGUUUGGAUGGAGGGUCUUUAAUUUUUGUUUUUAAAUUCAUGUAAUAUUUUCUGCCGAAAUGCUUGAAGAAAGUUCAUUGCAUGAGUACUUUCUUUUUCCAUGUAAUAGUUAAUUUUAUGUGUUGUUUUUUUAUAUAUUUUUAUAGUAUUAGUUAGUGGUUCAAGUAGGUUUAAUUUCGCCAUGGUAUUAUCUGUGACCUCCAUUCCAGGUUCAGGAAUGAUCAACAGCUUCCCUUGAUUUCUGUAAACGAUCACGUACAGCCAGUGAGUUAAGAAGUCAUGUCAAAUUUAGUACAACUAGCAUUGAAUUUAACAAGUUUUUCUAUCCAGACAUCCAUUUCUUUUUGUUA